CACAACAAGUAAGCCCAGAUCAGAGGCAUCUCUUCGACGAGAGCAGAGGAUGGAGCUCAAGGAAGACCAACAAAGACAAUCAGAAUGUGCAGAGGCUUUGUUGGAUCUCCUGCAGACAACCGAGAGCCCAGAACCGACACAGCCCCCGUCUGACAGCCCACAACCAGAGGACACCAGUGGGAUAUUAAAUGACCAACAAGAUGCAGGAUGCCAGACUGAUUUAACGAUGGAGGACAUCGAGAGGAUGGAGGAUGUUCUGAGACAGAACACAACAGAGCUGGGAGAUCUUCGGACAAAGGCACUGGACACAAAGUUCAACCAGGAGUCCUUUGAGAACAACGAAGAGAAGACAAAGUUUUACACCGGGCUCCCCAACUUCUUAGUUUUACUUCAGGUUUUUCAACUGUGCGAGCCCUACAUCACCUGUGGCCCUAUGUCUGUGCUCUCCAAAUUUGAACAGUUCAUUUUAGUUUUGCUGAGGCUGAGACUAAAUCUCCCUCUGAAAGAUUUGGCUUUCAGGUUCAACAUCUCUCUCUCCACUGCUUCUAGAAUUUGGCAUAAGUUAAUUGACAUACUUCAUGAGAGUACAGAAUUUAUAAUUGAGUGGCCAGAGCGACAUGUACUUCAAGCUACAAUGCCAAUGGGAUUCAGACAGGCAUUUGGAUGUAGAGUUGCUGUGAUUGUUGACUGUUUUGAAGUUUUUAUUGAGAGGCCCUCUAAUUUACUAGCUAGAGCACAAACAUGGUCCAACUACAAGCAUCACCAUACU